AUGGGGUUUCAAGGCUAUUUUCUCUUCCUUGGCCUUAUAGUCCUCACUUCCUCACUCAGCAGUAGUGAGGCUCAUCCUGCUAGGACUUAUGCUAGGGUUUCUGUAGACCCUAGUGCUAAACCUUUAACACCUAGUUAUGGCAUUGCUACGCUCAAUCGUACGAGUUUUCCGAAGGGCUUUGUUUUUGGGACAGCUUCAUCUGCUUAUCAGAUUGAAGGUGGAUGGAAUGCAGAUGGUAAAGGGCCAAGUAUAUGGGAUACUUUCACUCACAAGUAUCCUGAGAAGAUAGCCGAUCGUAGCAACGGAGAUGUGGCAUGUGAUUCCUACCAUAAAUACAAGGAAGAUGUUGCCCUCAUAAAGAACAUGAAUAUGGAUGCAUACAGAUUCUCUAUUUCAUGGGCGAGAGUCUUACCACGUGGAAAAGUAAGCAGAGGUGUGAAUGAGGAAGGAAUUAAGUACUACAACAACCUUAUAAAUGAGCUCCUAUCCAAAGGCUUGCAGCCCUUUGUGACUCUCUUCCAUUUUGAUUCUCCCCAAGCCUUAGAAGAUGAGUAUGGUGGUUUCCUAAGUCGGCGGAUUGUCUAUGAUUUCCGCGAUUACGCGGAGCUUUGCUAUAAGAGAUUUGGCGAUCGGGUGAAACAUUGGAUCACAUUCAACGAACCAUCGAGCUUCAACAAAUUUGGGUACGAUUAUGGUACUUUUGCACCAGGUCGAUGUUCCCCUUGGAGAAACCCAAAUUGCACAGGUGGGGACUCAAGCACCGAACCAUAUAUUGGUGAACACAACCAACUUCUUGCGCAUGCUUUAGCCGUGAAAUUGUAUAGGGAGAAAUACCAGAAAUUGCAAAAAGGUAAUAUUGGAGUUACACUAUCAAGUUAUUGGUACGUGCCAUACUCUAAUUCGACAGCCGACUACCGUGCUGCACGUCGGUCACUGGACUUCGCACUUGGAUGGUAUUUGGAACCAUUAACAAGUGGUGACUAUCCACGUAACAUGCGAUCAAUUGUUGGAAAACGCCUGCCAAAGUUCUCAACAAUAGAAUCAAAAAUGCUAAAGGGGUCAUGCGAUUUUAUUGGCUUGAACUACUACACUUCUACUUAUGUAGCCAAUAACCCUAGUCCAAAUACUGUUAACUUAAGUUACAGCACAGAUAGUCAUGCAAUUCUUACAUUUGAGAGAGAUGGACAACUUAUUGGUGCUCAGGCUGGUUCAGUAUGGCUCCAUGUUUAUCCAAGAGGCAUAAGGGAUCUUCUCGUGUAUGUAAAGAGAAAAUACAAUAAUCCAAUUAUCUACAUCACGGAAAAUGGGAUUGAUGAGCUCAACAAUGCAACAUUAUCGCUUAAGGAAUCCAUCACGGAUAACUUCAGGAUACGAUUCUUUUAUCAACAUCUGACUUAUCCCUUUGUGACUCUCUUCCAUUUUGAUUCUCCCCAAGCCUUAGAAGAUGAGUAUGGUGGUUUCCUAAGUCGGCGGAUUGUCUAUGAUUUCCGCGAUUACGCGGAGCUUUGCUAUAAGAGAUUUGGCGAUCGGGUGAAACAUUGGAUCACAUUCAACGAACCAUCGAGCUUCAACAAAUUUGGGUACGAUUAUGGUACUUUUGCACCAGGUCGAUGUUCCCCUUGGAGAAACCCAAAUUGCACAGGUGGGGACUCAAGCACCGAACCAUAUAUUGGUGAACACAACCAACUUCUUGCGCAUGCUUUAGCCGUGAAAUUGUAUAGGGAGAAAUACCAGAAAUUGCAAAAAGGUAAUAUUGGAGUUACACUAUCAAGUUAUUGGUACGUGCCAUACUCUAAUUCGACAGCCGACUACCGUGCUGCACGUCGGUCACUGGACUUCGCACUUGGAUGGUAUUUGGAACCAUUAACAAGUGGUGACUAUCCACGUAACAUGCGAUCAAUUGUUGGAAAACGCCUGCCAAAGUUCUCAACAAUAGAAUCAAAAAUGCUAAAGGGGUCAUGCGAUUUUAUUGGCUUGAACUACUACACUUCUACUUAUGUAGCCAAUAACCCUAGUCCAAAUACUGUUAACUUAAGUUACAGCACAGAUAGUCAUGCAAUUCUUACAUUUGAGAGAGAUGGACAACUUAUUGGUGCUCAGGCUGGUUCAGUAUGGCUCCAUGUUUAUCCAAGAGGCAUAAGGGAUCUUCUCGUGUAUGUAAAGAGAAAAUACAAUAAUCCAAUUAUCUACAUCACGGAAAAUGGGAUUGAUGAGCUCAACAAUGCAACAUUAUCGCUUAAGGAAUCCAUCACGGAUAACUUCAGGAUACGAUUCUUUUAUCAACAUCUGACUUAUGUUCGAAUAGCUAUCGACUAUGAUUUCCGCGAUUACGCGGAGCUUUGCUAUAAGAGAUUUGGCGAUCGGGUGAAACAUUGGAUCACAUUCAACGAACCAUCGAGCUUCAACAAAUUUGGGUACGAUUAUGGUACUUUUGCACCAGGUCGAUGUUCCCCUUGGAGAAACCCAAAUUGCACAGGUGGGGACUCAAGCACCGAACCAUAUAUUGGUGAACACAACCAACUUCUUGCGCAUGCUUUAGCCGUGAAAUUGUAUAGGGAGAAAUACCAGAAAUUGCAAAAAGGUAAUAUUGGAGUUACACUAUCAAGUUAUUGGUACGUGCCAUACUCUAAUUCGACAGCCGACUACCGUGCUGCACGUCGGUCACUGGACUUCGCACUUGGAUGGUAUUUGGAACCAUUAACAAGUGGUGACUAUCCACGUAACAUGCGAUCAAUUGUUGGAAAACGCCUGCCAAAGUUCUCAACAAUAGAAUCAAAAAUGCUAAAGGGGUCAUGCGAUUUUAUUGGCUUGAACUACUACACUUCUACUUAUGUAGCCAAUAACCCUAGUCCAAAUACUGUUAACUUAAGUUACAGCACAGAUAGUCAUGCAAUUCUUACAUUUGAGAGAGAUGGACAACUUAUUGGUGCUCAGGCUGGUUCAGUAUGGCUCCAUGUUUAUCCAAGAGGCAUAAGGGAUCUUCUCGUGUAUGUAAAGAGAAAAUACAAUAAUCCAAUUAUCUACAUCACGGAAAAUGGGAUUGAUGAGCUCAACAAUGCAACAUUAUCGCUUAAGGAAUCCAUCACGGAUAACUUCAGGAUACGAUUCUUUUAUCAACAUCUGACUUAUGUUCGAAUAGCUAUCGAGGAAGGUGUCAAUGUGAUGGCAUACUUUGCAUGGUCAAUGUUGGACAAUUUUGAAUGGGCCACUGGUUACAAUGUUCGUUUUGGAUUAACCUUUGUUGAUUAUCAAAAUGGGCAGAAGAGAUAUCCAAAACACUCCGCAGAAUGGGUCAAAGUUUUCCUCAAGAAAUAA